CAAUCUUCUUAUUGAGCUGUAGGUUUUUCCUUUCAUUUUUGUUUUGGUUAAAAUAAAGUGCGAUACUGAUUUGAAGAAGAAGAAGAGGAGGAGAAGGAGGUGAUAGGAUUUUGCUGGGUUGUUUGCAUUCUUAUGGGAAUACCUGAUAGUUCCAUUAUUAAUUUAAUAGACAAGGUUAGGUCUUGGAUUUCUUGGGGUGCAAGUGAUUUCAUUGAGAUGUCUGGCAACGGUUUCAAAAUGUGUUUUGAAUGUGAUGCCAAGUUCACUGAGUCCUCCCGUGGAUUCCAUUGCCAAAACUGUGGCAGCUGGUUAUGUUCAAAAUGUCUUCAAGUUCAAGGUUUUGAAUCUCCAGCUGUUGUUGAAUCAGAUGACGGGAAGAAGGACAGAGAUAACUCUUGGGAGAGUGUCAAAUCUUGUAAGUUUUGUGUUGGGGUUAAUCCGAGGCGUCAAAGUGGGAGGAUUUUGAAGUAUUGCGAGAAAGUGCAUCCAUCCGUGUCUCCCCGAGAAAGCCCGGAGCACCCAUCCCAUUGUUCUGUGUAUAGUGAAUCGAACCAUGGUGAUCGUCUAGCCCACUAUCGUGAAGCUCGUGAUGGUGGGUAUUCUCCUCAGGCGGUGAUUAGCAGGAGUAUGACUUCGUUUAAUGCUUACCCAUCGCUGGUGUCCACCCGCCUUUCACCCAGUAGGAGUGAUGAAGAAGAUGCUGAAGCUUCUAGGAAGCACUUUUUGGGUCCUUUUGAAUAUUGUCAGGAUGUCUCAGAUGUAGAUUCAAGUAGUAUUAGUGCCAGGAAUGAAUGUUACAGUUUAAAGUCAGUGGGAUCAAGUCCUUCACUCAGCCCCUCCAGGAACAAUUUUACUCCUCAUAGAGUUGAGCAUUGUGUACAGCGAAGGCAGGGAAGCCCAAUGGCUCAGAAUGUUGGUCCCUUUGAUCAAGAAAGUACGGCUAUCUUAAGAAGGUCAGAGAUUAGAAGUGAGGAACAGGAGACUGCUGAUAAUUAUGCUGAUGACGUGUCAAUUUUUCCAAACCAAAAUGAGAAGUCACGAAAACCUUUAGAUUUUGAAAACAAUGGUCUUCUAUGGUAUCCCCCACCACCUGAUGAUGAAAAUGAUGAGAUGGAGGAUAACCUCUUGUUAUAUGAUGAUGAAGAUGAUGAUGUUGGGGACUCUGGUAUGGUCUUCUCAUCAAGUGAUAGCCUUUCUAGUAUGUUCCCAGGAAAAGAGAGACAAAGUGAGUGCAGCAAGGAACCUCUCAAAGCUGUAAUACAGGGGCACUUUAGGGCUCUUGUAUCACAGCUGUUACAGGGGGAGGGUAUAAAAGUUGAAAAAGAGGAUAAUAAUGUUGACUGGCUUGACAUAGUCACAUCAUUGGCAUGGCAAGCUGCAAAUUUUGUGAAGCCAGAUACUAGCAAAGGAGGCAGUAUGGAUCCUGUUGAUUAUGUGAAGGUCAAGUGUAUUGCAUCAGGUAUUCCAAGUGAGAGUGCUCUUAUUAAGGGUGUUGUUUGCACAAAAAAUAUAAAGCACAAGCGCAUGACCUCACAAUACAAAAAUCCGAGAUUACUUCUUUUAGGUGGAGCUCUUGAAUUUCAAAAGGUUCAAAAUCAGUUGGCAUCGUUUAAGACAUUACUGCAACAGGAAAAUGAUCAUCUAAAGAUGAUCACCUCAAAGAUUGAGGAUCUUCGCCCAAAUGUUUUGCUGGUGGAGAAGAGUGCAUCUUCAUAUGUCCCACAAUAUCUACUCUAUAAAGAAAUCUCGCUAGUACUUAAUGUGAAAAGACCACUAUUGGAGCGUAUAGCCAGUUGCACUGGUGCGCAUAUUAGUUCAUCAAUCGAUAGUAUAUCUACCUCAAGAUUGGGACACUGUGAAUUGUUCCGGGUAGAAAAAAUAUCUGAGGAACACGAGGCUGCUAAUCAGUCUAAUAGGAAGCCAUCAAAAACACUGAUGUUCUUUGAAGGAUGUCCAAGGCGCCUGGGUUGCACGGUCUUACUGAGGGGUAAAGCUCGUGAAGAACUAAAGAAGGUUAAACAUGUUGUCCAAUUUGCUGUAUUUGCAGCCUAUCACUUAUCCCUUGAGACUUCCUUCCUUGCCGAUGAAGGUGCUACUCUGCCUAAGAUGCAACUGAAACACUCAAUAUCCGAGGGGAUUACAGCUGAUACAGCCAUUGCAGAUGUCCCUAGUUCUGUUUCUCCCAGUGUUUGUGAAGCAAUAGCUUAUUUGUCUGAACAGGUUGAGCUAUCUCUGAAUCUCAAUACAGAGCAUGGAGAACCAGAAUUGUUCUCUGAGCAUCAUGAUCAGGAUAAUGGCUUUUCUUCAACCCUUGGUUCUAGGAAUUCUAGGGUUGACAAUGUGCUUUCUGAUGCAUACAGUGACAACUUAGCACCUAGUGGAGCUUCAACGUUGUAUUCCUUAGAACAAGGUAAGGAUCUGAAGGAUUCUAGCGAGCUGCCUCAUGAUUUUAAAGAUAUUUUGCUGCCAGAGUUGGAAGAAACUAUUGCUCAGGGGGAGAGGCAUGUUGGGGAGAUCCAUGAACUGACAAAAUCUGACAUGAUUCAUGGAGAUGAAAUUUCCAGUGAAUACUUCUCAGCCACUGACACACACCAAAGCAUAUUGGUCUCAUUUUCAAGCCGUUGUGUGGUAAAAGGAACUGUAUGUGAACGCUCUCGGCUGUUGCGAAUAAAGUUUUAUGGCUGUUUUGAUAAGCCACUUGGAAGAUAUCUUCGUGAUUAUCUGUUUGAUCAGACAUCUCACUGCCAAUCAUGUCAAGAGCCCACUGAAGCACAUGUCAUAUGCUAUACCCAUCAGCAGGGAAAUCUCACAAUCAAUGUUAGACAACUUCCUUCUAUAAAGCUACCUGGUGAACAGGAUGGUAAGAUAUGGAUGUGGCACCGAUGCCUAAGGUGUGCUCUUGUUGAUGGAGUUCCUCCAGCCACUCGUAGAGUUGUUAUGUCUGACGCUGCCUGGGGACUUUCUUUUGGAAAGUUUCUGGAACUUAGCUUUUCUAAUCAUGCGACUGCUAACCGUGUUGCAACCUGUGGUCAUUCAUUGCAAAGGGACUGUCUCCGUUAUUAUGGGUUUGGGAGCAUGGUUGCAUUCUUCCGCUAUUCUCCAAUUGAUAUUCAUUCUGUCCAUUUACCACCAUCAUUGCUUGAAUUUAGUGGGCAUUUUCAACAGGAGUGGGUAAGAAAAGAGGCAGCAGAGCUCAUAGCCAAAAUGGAAACCUUGUUUGCAGAGAUAUCUGAUGUACUUGACAACAUUGAACAGAAAAGUAAUUUUCUUGGAUGUCAAUCCUCUGAUUCCAGUGAGUUACUGAAUCAUGUUUUAGAAUUGAAAGAUCAGCUUAAAAAGGAGAGAAAUGAUUACAAUGGUCUGCUACAACCAGUAGUUAUGGGGACUUCGCAAAUGGGGGAAGCAGCUAUGGACAUUCUAGAACUGAAUCGUUUGAGGCGUGAACUCCUGAUUGGUGCUCAUGUUUGGGAUCAUCAACUUUGUUCAUUGGACUCCCUCCUUAAAAGGGGUUCUUUUGUCAAAGUUUCAGAAGUAGAUUCAUCUUAUGCCCAACCAAAAGAGCUAAGAACUGAUCAUUCCAGGGAUGUGAAGCUAGAAGAAAAUGUCUCCAUAUCAUCAGAAUCACAGGAGCCUCCUAAGAAUAAAAUACAGUUGGAGCAAGAAGAGCCUAGAUUACUAAAUUCUGAAUAUGUUGUUCCUGAUGAGUCUAACGUAGGCUCAGGUUAUCAAAAGAAAGAGGAUAUGCAUUCUGAUGGACAAUUUACUGUCAGCAGUACAUUCUCUGAGAGCAUUCCUCCUCCCAUAUCAACUUUGUCUGAGAGAAUAGACUCUGCAUGGACAGGUACAGAUCCACUUCAAUUGAAAGUUCAACCUGUGCAAGCAUUUCAGGGAGAUGGGCUACAAAUUGGUUCUGUCAGGACAAUUAGCAAAAUUGAAAAUCCUUUAGUUAGAAGGUUAGCAUAUCCAAUUAGGGUUCAUUCUUUUGAUUCUGCUUUGAGAUUGAAAGAAAGAAUUAAGAAAGGAUUGCAAGCCUCUUCACUGCAUUUGUCAACACAUAGAUCUUUCCAUGCUUCCGGAGAUUAUAGCAGUAUGAUUAGAGAUCCUGUUUCUGGUGAAUUGAGGAGUUACUUCCAGGCAUUGCCACUAGAGGCACAAAAAUUAAAUUUGUUACUUAGUUCCACGCCCACUUUCAUCUCCUCUGCAUCUCGUAUAGCUGAAGGUGCCAGGUUGCUUCGUGCUAGCAGUGAUAUUGUUCUUGCUGUUUAUGACAAUGAUCCUGCAAGUGUAAUAACUUAUGCUCUCAGUUCCAAAGAAUAUGAGGAGUGGGUUACUGAUGGGAUCGUUGAGAAUGGAGGACAAUGGAUUGCUGAUGAGAGGAACAAGGAAGAUUCUGCAGCUUCUACCUUUUCAGCUUGGCAGUCAUUCAGCAGUCUGGACCUCGAUUAUGGAAUUUAUCCCUCUGAAGAAGCCACAUCAUCCAUGGGUUCCGUCUUUUCAGAUACCAAAAGGUCACCACAUUUAACCAUUUCUUUUGGGGAUGAUUCUAUUGUUGGUGGAAAAGUGGAGUUUUCUGUCACUUGUUACUUUGCAAAGCAGUUUGAUUCCCUUAGAAAGAAAUGCUGCCCUAGUGAGGUGGACUUUCUGCGUUCAUUGAGCCGUUGUCAGAAAUGGAGUGCACAAGGGGGGAAGAGCAAUGUAUACUUUGCUAAGUCACUGGAUGAGAGAUUCAUUAUAAAACAAGUCAAAAAAACAGAGCUGGAAUCCUUUGUGGAAUUUGCUCCUGAAUACUUCAAGUAUCUUAGCUCACAAAGCCCAACUUGCCUUGCUAAAGUUCUUGGUAUCUAUCAGGUCUACAUAAAACAUUUGAAAAGUGGCAAAGAGAACAAAAUAGAUUUGAUGGUAAUGGAGAACCUCUUUUUCAGAAGAAGAAUAUCAAGGAUUUAUGACCUUAAGGGCUCUGCACGGUCACGUUACAAUCCAGAUACUACGGGGACAGACAAAGUAAUGUUAGAUAUGAACCUAAUAGAAACCCUACGUACAGAACCCAUUUUUCUUGGAAGCAAAGCAAAGAGAAGCCUAGAGAGAGCUAUAUGGAACGACACAUCUUUUUUGGCUUCUGUCGACGUUAUGGACUACUCGUUACUGGUUGGGGUGGACGAAGAACGCAAGGAGCUGGUUGUAGGAAUUAUUGAUUUUGUGAGGCAAUAUACUUGGGACAAGCAGUUGGAGACUUUGUUUAAGGCAUCCUUGGGACUUGGCGGGCCAAAGAAUGAUUCAUCCUUGAUACCUGGCGGGCCAAAGAAUGAUUCCCCAACAGUCAUUUCUCCAAAAGAAUAUAAGAAAAGGUUCCGGAAGGCUAUGACCGCUUACUUUCUUACAAUACCUGAUCAAUGGACUUCUUAAGCUGUAUCAUUGCAUUCUUUGGUUCUUUAAUACAGCAAAAUCUAUUUAUCAUCUCCAAUUUUCUCUCUUUCUUUCGAAAUCCAGGACAAAAAAGUUAAAUGUAAAUUCCAGAGCAAAGAUAUCUCGAGCGCCUUGCAUUCCUACCAAUAGACAAGGAAAACAUGAAAGCCACUCUCCCUCUUCCUUGUAGCCUUUUUGUCCCUCUUCUUACUGGACACUGAUUCAUGGAAGAAAUGUAUCUGUUAAGU